AUGAGCUUUAAUGCAGGAUUAAGGUCUCCCAUCAAUGUGUUUCCACAUGAGCUCCACAAAGGAUGCCAGCGAAGGGUAUUCGGCCAGAAGCUCGUGCAUAAAACCGAUGCAACGGCCCUGCGUAAUCUGCGCGACCGAUUCCAACAGAUGCAUUCCUGUCUAUUCAUUAUUCACCUCGCCCAGUUGUCUCAUCAGUACGACAGUACAGAUAGAACCGUCGAUGUGUCGACUUAUGGCCUUCGUCUCGUUGAGCCACUCAACAGACCUCUUUAA